AUGUUUCGCUUUGCAUUCAACCAGCAUAAAACGCUCGAUGUUAUCACCCUCUUUCACCGCCCCUCCUUGCCCUCCUCCGUCCGCGCCGCUACGCUAUUGAAGCAAUUGAGUGCCCAAGCUUCCGAGACAGCCACUGAAGAUCAAGCGACCGGGCAUGGAGCCCAGAAUAAGGUACAAAGAAGCGCAUUCGAGCUCGACAUUAGAGAGGACAAGCCUACCACCGACCAGGUAAAGACGAUAUUAGAGUAUCUACCUGAUGUAAAGGGCUCGGAGUUGGUCGAGGGCGCGAAAACAAAGGAUGAUGCGAUCAGGUUGGCUGGCGAAGAUGGUGGUGGAAAGGGUUUUAGAAUGCCAGUGGUGCGUGAUAAAGAUUCCUUGGGCUUGUCAAGGCCCGUGGCUCUGGACUUUUUCUGGAAUGUGCGACUGAUAUAA